AUGACUCCGCUUUCGACACUGCACCGUCUCAGCAUCUCCGUUCUCGUCGUCAGUACCCUCACACAACAAUUUGUUACAGCGAUACCGCAUGCUAUAUACCCGCGCCAGGCCUCUCCCAUUGCUGGGUUACAGCUGCCAGGGUGUGCGCUGCGAUGCUUGAUUACGGAACUGGUACAAGAUGGCUGUGCGGGUGAGGCGGACUUUACGUGCCAUUGUCGGGGUGGGAAGUUGAUGCAGGCUUCUUCGGCGUGUAUUGCGCAAGGGUGCGGAAGUGUACAACGAGACGAGGCAGAUGCGAAGGUUCAGGGAUGGUGCAGGACUGUUAUGGAUGAUGAUGGCGGGUCAUCGAUCGCAAGCUCGAGUACAAGUGCGAGCACGGCGUCGAGUACGCCGUCCAAUGGUCAAGAGGCUGUAGUGCCGAAUCAGUCAUCUACAAAUACUGCGACAGUAUCACAAUCCACGAAUACGAUUCAGAGUACGGCACCGGCUAGCACACCGACCGGGACUCCUGUAAACCCACCACGUUCUUCGUCACAACCAGCCAGCGGAACACCCUCAGCUACAGGAACACCAGUACCCGCAUUACCUGAGUCGGAACCACCCACACUCUCCCCAGGCGCAAAAGCAGGAAUCGGUAUCAGUGUCGCGAUCCUCCCCAUCAUCGCCGGCAUAAUCCUCACCUGGUACAUCCGCCGCCUAAAGCGCCAAGUGGCAGCCGCAAACACGCAACCAUCACCACCAUCCACCAACGAAGCCGUCCCACGCGGAAGCCAGGACACGGGCGCUUGGUCUACAGACGCCAACAAUCCCUACCCCAUCAGUCCCAUGUCACCCUCGUACCCCGGCGGCAUGCAAGAAACUACUGUCUCGAACAUUGGAUACGGCAUGGUGAUGAAGAAGCGGGGGCACGUGCUCAGUAUCCUGCUGGAGCGCGACGACGAAGACGCGAAUAGUCUCCGCGUGAGAGAGCCUGUGCCGGGGCAGAGAGAGGGACUCGCGGGACCAGUGGAGCUGGAUGGGAUUGGAGUUGCGAUUAGUGAAUUACCCGCUACGAAUACACCGAGGAGGAGUUUGGAGCGGUAG